CGCGUCUCUGGCUGAGCCGCCAGUGGAUGUCGUUGUUCUGUUCCUUGAGCGCGAUGUCACUCCUUUAGCAUGACCUCAAACGCGGCGGGGGCUGGGACCGCCAGUCAUUCUCCGUGCGAGGGCCGGGGCGGGAGGCAGGCGGGACCCAGCCCCGCCGCCAGCCCCACUUUUGUGGUGCCGCCGCCGUCGCGGGCUCCCCUUUCUCCGCGGGGCUGGCCGCGGGGCGGGCGAUGCUCCGGGCUCCCUGAGCCGCCGCACCGCGUCCCCGGCCGAGGCGCCCCGCGGAGCGGCGCGGUCGAGCGGCGGCUCCCCGGUGCGCCCCGCGUCCCCCGCCCCGCUGUCCCCGGGCCGCGCGGAGGUCGCGCAGGAUGCCGCGGAGGGGAGCGGAGGCGCCGCUGGCCCUGCUGCUGGCGGCGGCGUGGCUGGCGCAGCCCCUGCGCGGCGGCUACCACGGCGUGAGCGUGUUCGCCGUGCAGAGCGCCCAGCCCGACCCCUGCUACGACGAGCACGGGCUGCCCCGCCGCUGCAUCCCCGACUUCGUCAACUCGGCCUUCGGGAAGGAGGUGAAGGUGUCCAGCACCUGCGGGAAGCCGCCCUCGCGGUACUGCGUGGUGACGGAGAAGGGCGAGGAGCAGGUCCGCACCUGCCACCUCUGCAACGCCUCCGACCCCAAGCGCGCCCACCCGCCCUCCUUCCUCACCGACCUCAACAACCCGCACAACCUGACCUGCUGGCAGUCCGACAGCUACGUCCAGUACCCCCACAACGUCACCCUCACCCUGUCCCUCGGCAAGAAAUUCGAGGUGACCUACGUCAGCCUGCAGUUCUGCUCGCCGCGCCCCGAGUCCAUGGCCAUCCACAAGUCCAUGGACUACGGCAAGACCUGGGUGCCUUUCCAGUUCUACUCCACGCAGUGCCGCAAGAUGUACAACAAGCCGAGCCGCGCCGCCAUCACGAAGCAGAACGAGCAGGAGGCGGUGUGCACCGACUCGCACACCGACGUGCGGCCCCUCUCCGGCGGCCUCAUCGCCUUCAGCACCCUGGACGGCCGCCCCACCGCCCACGACUUCGACAACUCGCCCGUGCUGCAGGACUGGGUGACGGCCACCGACAUCAGGGUGACCUUCAGCCGCCUGCACACCUUCGGCGACGAGAGCGAGGACGACUCCGAGCUGGCCCGCGACUCCUACUUCUACGCCGUGUCCGACCUGCAGGUCGGCGGGCGCUGCAAGUGCAACGGGCACGCGUCGCGCUGCGUGCGGGACCGCGACGACAGCUUGGUGUGCGACUGCAAGCACAACACGGCCGGCCCCGAGUGCGACCGCUGCAAGCCCUUCCACUACGACCGGCCCUGGCAGCGAGCGACGGCCCGGGAGGCCAACGAGUGCGUGGCCUGCAACUGCAACCUGCACGCGCGGCGCUGCCGCUUCAACAUGGAGCUCUUCAAGCUGUCGGGGCGCAAGAGCGGCGGCGUGUGCCUCAACUGCCGGCACAACACGGCGGGCAGGCACUGCCACUACUGCAAGGAGGGCUUCUACCGCGACCUCAGCAAGCCCAUCUCCCACCGCAAGGCCUGCAAAGAGUGCGACUGUCACCCGGUGGGUGCCGCCGGCCAGACCUGCAACCAGACCACGGGCCAGUGUCCCUGCAAGGACGGCGUCACCGGCAUCACCUGCAACCGCUGCGCCAAGGGCUACCAGCAGAGCCGCUCCCCCAUCGCCCCCUGCAUAAAGAUCCCGGCCGCUCCGCCCACCACGGCCGCCAGCAGCGCCGAGGAGCCCGCAGACUGCGACUCGUACUGCAAAGCCUCCAAGGGGAAGCUGAAGAUCAACAUGAAGAAGUACUGUAAGAAGGACUACGCCGUCCAGAUCCACGUCCUGAAAGCAGAGAAGAACGCGGACUGGUGGAAGUUCACGGUGAACAUCAUCUCCGUCUACAAGCAGGGCAGCAACCGCAUCCGGCGCGGCGACCAGACCCUGUGGAUCCACUCCAAGGACAUAGCCUGCAAGUGCCCCAAAAUCAAGCCCAUGAAGAAGUAUUUGCUGCUGGGCAACAACGAGGACUCUCCCGACCAGAGCGGCAUCAUUGCGGACAAAACCAGCCUGGUGAUCCAGUGGCGGGACACGUGGGCCCGGCGGCUGCGGAAGUUCCAGCAGCGGGAGAAGAAGGGCAAGUGUAAGAAAGCCUAGAGGAGGAGGAGGAGAGGGAGAGACUGACUGUGCAUGCUGCUUUGUGUAGAGCUGGGGCGGGCAGGGACCGGCUGCCAGGGCGGGCUGGGGGGACGGGGGGCAGCGACCACGGCCGGGGGUGCUGGGCUUGCACCUCCUAUUCCAGGGAAGACAAAACCCAACAGGGCCCAACGGGACCCAACAGAACGCAACAGAACCCAACGGGACAUAACAGGACCCAAUAGAACCCAACGGGACAUAACAGGACCCAACAGGACACAACAGGGCCCAAAAGGACCCAACAGGACCCAACAGAACGCAACAGAACCCAACAGGACCUAACAAGGCCCAAAAGGACCCAAAAGGACCCAACAGAAUCCAACAAAUCCCAACAGGACCCAACAGAACCCAAGAAAACCCAACAGGGUCCAAGAAAACCCCACAAAACCCAAUCGCACCCACGGACAGAACCCACGAGCGGGGUGCAGGCGUGCAGCACCUGGGGCCCCCCAGCUCCCUCCUGCCCCGUUGCUGAAGAACUCAGAGACACCAAACUGCCUUCCAGCUGCCAACAUCUGCUGCCUCCAAAGCACGGCAUGGGCACGUCCACCCCGAAAGAAACUAAUCAACAGCACCGCUGGAAAUUAACUCCCCAUCCCCAAAACGCGUAUUUGCAACUUAGGCUGACUGAGAGAGCUCUUGUAGAGGAAACUAAACCAAGACUUUUGCUGAGGACGGACCCGAGGGUGGGCACGCGGGGCCCUGGAGGGCUUUGGUAUCCGACAGCUGUGGCCACCACUGGUGGUGCCCGGGGCGGCCGAGGUCUCCAGCUGUGAUGGAGCUCUGGGUCCUCUUUGGGCACACCAAGAGGGGACAGUGCUGGUGGGUGCCUUCCUGCUGUGCCUAACCCUGGGAAUGGCUCCGUGCUCAGCCCCCGACCCUGAGGAUGCUGCCCCCACCACACUGCAGGAGUGUGAGCCCACAGGGGGCCCUGUGCCCCUCCAGCCACCCAUUUACAAGGGGUCAGUAACCAGGAAACACCCAGACCUGACAAAAACUGAGAUGGCAUCCAGUUCCCACAAAGUGCCCUGGGAGAUCCUGCCAGUCUCAGUCCCUGAAUCUCCACUGUGGCCAGCCCUGAACCUCCUCCAUGGGCUCGGUCCCCUCUGCUGCUGUCAGCACAGCAGGAGCCCUCAGCUGGUGGAAAAUCCCUGCAGGGACACCAGGGGCCUGGCUGGACACUGGUUUCACUCCCAGACUUGGGCAGCUCUCCCAAAGCCACGGCAGCUCUGCUCGCUCCCUCUGGAGCUGCAGCCCUGACAUCCCUGGGAAGGUCUUGGGGACAAAGUGGGGAGCAGAGGGUGCCAGGGACUGUCCCCACGGGCACUGGGGCCAGUGCAGAGCCCACACAGGGAAGGGGUCUCAGCCGGCAGCAAGGUGUGACCCACCUGGAGCUCUCCUCCCUCUGCUGGGGGGGCAGCCAGCCAAUUCAAAAUUCCCAAUUUCCAGUCAUUAAUGCCCUGAGCACGGCGGGGGCUGCCUCACCUCAGCCUGGAGCAUCCUCCCCUGGGGCACCCUGCAGGCAGGACUGGCUCUGGAGCUGUGACCCCCGUGCCAGGCUGCUCCCCUAUUCCAGGC